CAAAAUACAAACAUGAAAGGAAAGCUCUAUCAAAAGAGUCAAGCCCAGCCCGUUUAAGCGCUAGUAUAUUUUCCAUCUCAACGAGAUGGGCUAAGCCCAGUGCAAACGCAUUUCCGUUGUUUCUAGGUCUUCCACCUCCUCUCUCCGCCGCCGUCACCCACUCCACUGCUCCGGCGAGGAACCGCUCGCCCAGCCGGCGACCAUGGCGGAGGCCGCGAGCGCAGAAGAGGCCGCGCCUCUCCACCCCGGCCUCCCGGAUGAGAUCUUCAUCUGGGAAGUCCUCGUCCGCCUGCCCCCCAAAGCCCUCCUCCGCUGCCGCACAGUCUGCCGCGCCUGGCGCCGCGCCACCUCCGCCCGCGACUUCCUCCUCGCCCACCACGCCCUCCAGCCCGCCCUUCCCCUCCUGUACGUCCACAACUAUGUCGGCGACAACAUCGAGUCCCUAGACAUCGUCCCCUUCGACCGCCGGGCAGGGGUCGCGGCCGACGACCAGCUCCGGCCAGUCGCGCGACUCGGCCAGGGCCCCUUCCGUGCGAUCGCCUCCUGCGACGGCCUCCUCGUCUUCUCCAACGACUGCCGCUUCUCCCUCUGCAACCCGGCGACUCGUCAGUAUGCUCGCCUCCCGGUGCCUCCUGGCUUCGUGCCCCUGGGGAUGUACUCGCACAGCCCAACCGGCAAGUACCGGCUAUUGCUGUACAAGCUCUCCACUGGACCGGCGCCUGACGCUCAAGGUGGCUCCUACGUGUUGGUAUUAGGCUCCGGCCAGCCGCCACGGUGCAUAGGGUGCCCUGAUGCUAGGGAACUGGUAUUCAGCCCAUCCGUCCUGUUCCGUGGUGGCCUGCAUUGGCACAGAGAGCAGAAUGAGAGGAUAGUGGUAUUCGACACCACCACUGAGUUGUUUCGGCACAUGUGCGUUCCGGUUGUUUCUCGCUGCACUAACCUGUUUGAGAUGGAUGGAAUGCUCGGCGUGUCCAGCUUUAAUUAUGCAGCGGCAACCAUUGAUAUAUGGAUGGCGCAGGACUAUGAGAGCGAGGUCUGGUCUAACAAACACCACGUUGAGUUGCCGGUUGCAGAGCUCACCAUGCGCUUUGGAAGGUUUAACAGACAUGGGUUUGGGGUAGUCGCUUCUUCGGAUGGUCAUUUGCUCAUGCUGCUCAAAUUUAGCGACUGGCUACUUCAGGUUGAUAUGGAUGGCAAGUUGGUCGCUAGUUUCCAUUGCAAAGACCUUGCUUAUACUCGAUUUUGGCUCAAACAAACUUUAGUUUCGCAUACCUUCUUUCCGACACUAGAGCAUUAUGUUGUGAACGCUUCGCCUUUUAUAUGAUCUAAUAGCUUUGAGUGAUGCGGUGCUUCUGAACGGCCUAAACUGUCAGCGUGAUCUGCAAUAUCAAGUUUGACCCGCAGGCUUCUCUGUUGAUGUAUAUCAAGUUGUGAUCAAGAAGCUCUUGCUGUCAUGUGGUUGUAUGGAAUUUAUGCUUGUUUGAUACCAAAACUACCAAGUCAUUUUGUUGUGCGUUUGAAAUAUAUGCUAGCUACUCAUGUCUCUAUUUUCUUGAA